CUAAAAUUUCAUCCAAAACAAGACUCUAUCUCUACUCAAAUCUGUCUUCAACCGAUUCACGAAGUGAUUAUCGAGCAAUAGCGAGAUCGAAACACUUCAUUCUUCGUUAUUUCGUGGACGCUACUCUUUCGGAUCCUAGAAUCUUGUAGAGAACAUCAUUAGCCACGAAUAUGGCAAGAAAGGAAAGAAAGGAAAAGUCACAGAAUUCAGAGGAACAUAGACAGAAGUUUCUUCCAUUUUUGGCAGCUAAGCCUGCAACAUCAUGGCAAACAACGAACUCCCAAACUAUGCCAGUUCUUCCAAAUCCAGCAAAUGCUCGACCCGCGUCUUUUCGGUCAAGCUCGAUUUCAAGUGCAAGUUCAUGCCCGGACAUAAGAUCAAAGUGUUUGAGUGAAUCUGACCAGGCAACGGAUAUUGAAUACAAUUCUGAUGUCAAGCCUCUGCAGUCUGGCAACCGAAGAGCCGGAACAGAAAUUGUCAAAGGCAAAUUAGAUACGGAGUCUCUGCGAAACUGCAGUCGAAGCGUCGGAAAAGAGCUUGCUGGAGACUCCACUUAUCAUAUGGAGAGUGCAUAUCUCCCAAGCCCUGUCUCGUAUGCCUCUUUCGGGUUUGAUUAUCGAAAUCGCGUCACCCUCACGCACUUUCCAGAGAGAGUCAAAGACGGUAUUCGAAGCCUCUUGGAAAAGGGCUGGGAACAGGGCAUCCAGAAAGAGGGGCCAUGUAAUGAAGAGGACAGUUACUUCUUCAAACUCAAAAUGAGACCAUUCAGCAGUGGAAACACAUAUGUGUCAACUCGCAUGACGCGCAACAUGAUUGCGUAUCUGGCAUCCGAGUCUUGGUUGGCACAACCCGUUCCAUCGAUCCUAAACACAUACGACACGUUGAACUUCCGAAAAUCUCCAAAGCCUUUCCCAAAAUGUUAUUGGCUUGCUAUGACAUACGGACAUGCAGGCAAGUGGCGUCUGAAAGACGUGUUGAGUUUGUUGGGAGGAGCAGACGAACUCAUUGACACUAUUCGACUCACUUUGCAAGAAAUGAACCUCAUCUCGAAGCUCAAGAAGGAGCACGUUGAUACUACAAAAAAUUGGCACCAGUUCUGUAUCAAAGGAACUUUUCUCCGUGCGGGUACUCAGGCAAAGAAGAAGAAGAUGAUUCUGAGAAUCUUGGAAAGGCUGGAGGAACGUGGUUGGGUCUUAUAUAUUGGCUACCAUCGAGUUUUUUACGCUGGCACUGAUUACGAGCAUAAAGUGGGGACUUGGCUUUGCGUUAAGAGCCGUGAAUGGACACCAACUGAUCCAGUGAAGAUUUCCUGGUCAAUCUGAUUUGAGUUGAGACGGGAUUUUGUUGACAGUGUGUGGCUGAAAAACACCUAGGAAUACAAAUUCAUACUUUCAACUGAUCAUACACUCGAUGCAUGUGACUACUUGUCGCCGCCAAUUUUCAAUGAAAGAAAUAUCUUAUUGAUCAUGCCAGUGCAAAAUCGACAAGUCAAACUCCAGUUAAAUGUCCAAUUUGCCGAAGAAAGGUAUACACGAUGAUAUACAAGAAUUAGAAAAAUGAAAAAGGAAACGUAAAAACACGACAACCUCAUACUUUCAAAACUAUACCUAGUUACAGUUUCAUCAUAGUAGCUACUAGCUAGUCCCAAAGUCCCGCAGUUGCUUCAUCCCCAUAUCAAAAAGCACUAAACGGUCACAACUAGGAGCAACGCUCCAUUUGGGCUAACUAUAUCUCAACAUCAUCUACUAGAGCAUCAGCUUGGGCCUUGAAUUAAUAUUGCAGUAUGUAGGUUGAUCAUAGGACGAA